AUGAGGUUGAGGGAGAACGACGACGUUGGUGAGAAAGAGGAAGUGGUAGAAAAUGAUGUAACCCUGGCCCAAAAUCAAUGGUGUCCCGUCGUGAAUGCGGGCUUUUCUUCGCCCAAAAGAGCGGUUGUCGUUGGUUAUGCUCUUACUACUAAAAAGAUUAAGAGCUUUCUACAGCCUAAGCUUGAAGGUUUAGCUAGGAACAAGGGAAUACUAUUCGUGGCUAUUGACCAUACCAGGCCUCUUUCAGAUCAAGGUCCUUUUGAUAUUGUCUUGCAUAAGUUAUCAGGGAAAGAGUGGCGCCAGGUUCUUGAGGAUUAUAGGCAGUCACAUCCUGAAGUUACUGUUUUGGAUCCUCCAGAUGCCAUACAACAUUUACGCAACCGUCAGUAUAUGCUUCAGGCUGUGGCAGAUAUGAACCUUUCUGAUUCCUAUGGCAUCGUGGGUGUUCCUCGGCAAUUAGUUAUCAAGAGAGAUGCAUUUGCCAUCCCAGAGUUGGUCAACAAAGCUGGAUUGACUUUACCCCUUGUUGCAAAGCCACUAGUUGCCGAUGGAAGUGCAAAGUCCCAUGCAUUAUCCCUUGCUUAUGAGCAAUUUUCCCUUCAAAAACUUGAACCUCCUCUUGUUCUUCAGGAGUUUGUCAACCAUGGAGGUGUUCUCUUCAAGGUUUAUAUAGUUGGUGAUGCUAUAAAGGUAGUAAGGCGGUUUUCGUUGCCUGAUGUUAGCAAGUGGGAACUGUCCAAAGAUGCUGGAAUAUAUAAUUUUCCAAGGGUUUCGUGUGCUGCAGCUUCUGCAGAUGACGCAGAUCUGGAUCCUACUAUUGCUGAGCUUCCCCCAAGGCCUUUACUAGAGAAACUAGCUAAGGAACUUAGAUGGCGAUUGGGUCUUCGUCUAUUCAACCUGGAUAUUAUCCGUGAGUAUGGAACAAGAGAUCACUUUUACGUCAUUGACAUAAAUUACUUCCCUGGAUAUGGCAAAAUGCCUGAAUAUGAACACAUAUUUACGGACUUCCUAUUGAGCCUGGGGCAGGGGAAGUACAAGAAAAGAUCAGGCUAA